AUGGCUUUCAAGACAUUUCUGUGUCACUUUGUCCAUGGACAUGAAACAUGGGCUGAUUACCUAACAUAUAUGGAACAAGAUGGCGCUAGGGGUGACCACCUCAUUCUCUGCGCAGCAGCAAAUUGCUUUGAAACUUGCAUUCAUGUGGUCAGCAGUCUACACGAUGAUGUAGUCAUUAGGCCACAUUCUUCUGUUGACGAAAGCAAACCUCUAGUACUGGGACAUAUUCAUGAGGUACACUAUGUCAGUGUUUAACCCAUACAAGGUAAGAAGGAAAAAGCAAACAUCACGCACUUUUCAACUGGAAAACGAUGAAGAUAUCGAUCAAUUUUCAUCCGUAGCGCAGUUCAAAAACCACAUUUUUUUGCGUAAGGCACUAGCAGUGACGUAGGGAGCCACCGACGAACUGUCUCGUAUUCUCGAAUCACUGGGAUGGUUAGUUAGUCGAUUUUUUUAGACUUAACGGUGGGAAAGUACCAAACGCCCUGA